UGUGACCGGAAGCAACAUGUCGUCCUGUGCGCGGCUCGACGCUGCGGCUCCUCACGGCAGACAGCAAACAUGGACGUCACAUGUGAGAGAAUGACCGAAACAUGAUCCUUCCAGUUAUCUGUGGGACAAACCAGCAGAGACAACAAGUGGAGGCAGACAGACGGCAUGACAGAGGAGAAAUGUCCCCAGCUGGUGGACUACUUUGUAGUGGCAGGUCUCGACCCUGCGGGGCCCUGGAGGCCCCUGGACGAGGAUGGAAAGACUUCCACCAACUCGUCUUCGACACCCUCCUCCUCUUCAUUGUCUUCGUCGGGCCGGGCAGUGGAGUCGGUGACGGACCUGGCGGUGAUCGCCCGGGGGCUCGGAGAGGAGGUGCCGGAGGGCUUCACCUGCAUCGAGAGGACGCUGGGCGGACACUCGGCCGAGCUGAGCGCCGGCCUCAUCAACAACCCGCACCUGUACCUGUGCUACCGCCGCGGACGAGACAAACCGCCCAUCCUGGACCUCGGGGUUCUGUAUGAGGGGAAGGAGCAGCUGAAACAGGGCUGGUACGUCAUCGAGACGACGCCCUACAGCCGCUCGGCCAGCCUCAGCGCCGGCGGCGCUCCGACGGCUCACCGGGUGUUCCUGAUGUACCGGCGGGCUCUGGACUCCCAGGGCCUCCACACGCUGGGCGUCACCGACAUCGCCCUGCUGCUGCCCAGCAAAGGAGAGGUCGCCCCGCACACCUUCUGCCGCGUGGACAAGAACCUCAACACCGGCAUGUGGGGUCCAGCGCUGUAUGUGUGCUACAAGCGAGCUGUGGCCAAAGCCAACGCCCUCGUCUACAAAGCCGGUCUGCUCAGUCGGUACCCAGCGGAGGACCAGGAGGCGUUUCCUCUGCCGGAGUCGGUGCCGGUCUUCUGUCUGCCGAUGGGCGUCACCGUGGAGAGCUGGCCUCUGAACACCAAAUACCAGCUGCCCGUCUUCUCCACCUUCGUCCUCACCUCCGCCUCCGGGGACAAGGUUUACGGAGCAGCCAUCCAGUUCUACGAGUCGUUCUCCAGGGAGCUGCUGUCGGAGCGGCAGAGCGUGAGGCUCGGGCUGCUCAGCGUGGUCGACCGGCGGCCCAUCACCAACCGCAGCCUGCAGGUGAAGAAGAGCAUCUGCGUCCUCUCCCACUGGCCCUUCUUCACCGUCUUCCAGAAGUUCCUCACCUUCGUCUACAGAUACUCGAUCUCCGGACCCCACGUCCUGCCGCUCGAGAAACACAUCUCCAGCUUCAUGCACAACGUCCCGUUUCCUUCUCCACAGCGGCCUCGCAUCCUCGUGCAGCUCUCUCCGUACGACAACCUGCUGCUCUGCCAGCCCGUCUCCUCUCCGCUCCCGCUCAGUGGGGCGAGCUUCCUGAAGCUGCUUCAGAACCUCGGUCCAGAGAACGCCUGCACUCUGCUGCUCGCCGUCCUCACCGAACACAAGCUGCUGCUGCACUCGCUCCGGCCCGACGUCCUCACCUCCGUCAGCGAGGCGCUCGUCUCUAUGAGCUUCCCGCUGCGCUGGCUCUGUCCCUACAUCCCUCUGUGUCCGCUGCAGAUGGCCGACGUGCUGCUGGCUCCGAUGCCGUUCAUCGUGGGCGUCCACUCCAGCUACUUCGACCUGUACGACCCCCCCACCGACGUGGUGUGUGUCGACCUGGACACCAACACCAUCUUUCAGUCAGAGGACAAGAAGCCGUUGUCAUGGCGAUCGUUACCCAGAAAGCACGGCAAGACGUUGUUCAACACCCUCACCAACCUCCACAAGACCCUGGAGCAGAUUUGUACUCCCGGUCAGGAGGAGGCGACGCUGGAGUUCCUGUUGACAGACUACGAUCAGAUCUACCGGAGUCAGAAGCAGCUGGAGCUGGAGAUCCAGGAGGCGUUCCUUCGCUUCAUGAGCUGCCUGCUGCGAGGAUACCGAACCUUCCUGCUGCCCAUCACCCAGGCUCCGUCAGACACCACCACCGACUGCAGCUCCCUGUUCAACCUGCAGGGUUUCCUGAAGUCUCGCGAUCGAACGCAGCAGAAGUUCUACAGUCAGCUGACGAGGACUCAGAUGUUCACUCAGUUCAUCGAGGAGUGUUCCUUCGUCAGCGACCGGCACGCCUGCCUCGAGUUCUUCGACGAGUGCGUCCAAAAGGUGGACGUGGAGAAGCCGGAGGAGGUGAGGCUGAUCGACCUGGAUGAGACUCACAGCGGAGAACACACAGUCUUCAUCAUGCCGCCUGAAGAGCCUCAGGAACCGGACGGGUCCGAGUGUCCUGCCCUCUACAGUUAUGAAAUCUUCCCCACACUGAGGCCGGAGCUCUUCGACCGGCCCCAGGACCAGCUGAGGGUCCCGGCUAAGGGCAGCGCCCCCAGUAGCCCCGCCCCCCGACGCACAAAACAGGAGAUCAAGUUGGCCCAGAAGCGGGCUCAGAAGUACUCGGCGGUGCCGGACAUGUGGUCCAAGUGCCUGCUGGGUCACUGUUACGGCCUCUGGUUCAUCUACCUGCCCACCUUCGUCCGGGCGGAGAGCGCCAAGGUGCGCGCGCUGCACACGGCGUACGACGUCCUCAAACACAUGGAGAACCGCAAGGUGGUGCUGCCGGACGAGGUGUGUUACAGGAUCCUGAUGCAGCUGUGCGGUCAGUACGGUCAGCCCGUCCUCGCUGUUCGAGUCCUGCUGGAGAUGAAGAAGGCUGGAAUCACACCCAACACCAUCACCUACGGAUACUACAACAAGGCGGUGCUGGAGAGCAAGUGGCCGUCCACCAGUCAGGGAGGACGUCUCCGCUGGGCCAAGCUGAGGAACGUCCUGUUGGCCGUGGCCCAGUUCAGACAGCCAAUCAAACAUCGACAGAAGAGCGGCUCGGUGGGGUCGCGAGGAGAAGCGAUGAUGGACCCCGAUCAGAGGCCCCGCCCCCACUCCAAUCUGAUUCGUCAGUCCAGUUGGAGCGGUCUGUCUGAGAGCUCCAGUCACGAGUCUCUGACGGGUUCACUGGUGAAGAGCAACAGUCUGAACAGCAUGAAGACGCCGACUGACAAGGUGAAGCUCUGUAAGAAGACCAUCCUCCAUAACGCCGGGUCGAACGGUGACGCCGUCUCCCGCAAACCUCCGAUGGGACGCAGAGACACCUCCACGCCGCCUCCAGCGCCCCCCGGUGGAGUUCUGGUUCGCAGGAGUCAGGUCUGCCUGUCCACCUUCUACAAAGAGUGUGCAGAGUCGGCCGACUCGGAGCCGGAUUGCAGCUGCCAGCCGGCAGAGAGAGACGGCAGACCUGCAGGAACGCGGGACUCUGCCGGCAGAAAUAAAGUCGUAGACGAGAACUACAACAACGUCUCCUCCCCGAGCCGAGGAGGUCUGGCGGGGAAACUCCAGCAGCUUCUGACUCCGACCAGACACCGAGUGUCUGUACGACGAGCCGCCAGCGUGGACGACCGGCGUCCAGGAGGAGGAGGAGGGAUCGGACGGAGGGUGUCGGAACAGAGGCAGUCCAGGAAAGCUCAAGUGGCUGAAACUCUGCUGAAAGCCAAGGACAGGCUGGUCAGCGCCACCUCAGAGAGUUCGUUGUCUGUAGGAAGUGACCUGGACUUGACGGACACGCCCAGUCCAGCUUAUCCUCUGCGCCGGUCCUGGGACGCCAGUCAGGAGGCGACGGGACUGGAGGUGUUGAUGUCCAGCUGCUCUCUGUGUCGCAGCUGUAACUCGCUGGUUUAUGACGAGGAGAUCAUGGCCGGCUGGACGUCAGACGACUCCAACCUGAACUCGUCCUGCCCGUUCUGCUGCGCCUCCUUCGUGCCCUUCCUGAACGCUGAGAUCUGUGACCUCGGACCCAUCAGCAGUGGCGAGCGCAGCAACUGGAACAUGGAGGACGAGGUGGAGAGCGCAGUGAGGCCACCUAGUGGUCAGGAGGCGUCCCAGCGGCACCAGUGUAACGGGCUGAGUGAAGACUCGAGCUCCGAGACGAGCAGCUACUCCGAGAACAGCCGGACGACCACAGGCUCCUCAGUGGGCGGAGCUCCCCAGGUGACGGUGGCCUACCUGAGCCCUCUGGUUCUGAGGAAGGAGCUGGAGAGUCUGCUGGAGAACGAGGGCGAGGCGGUCCUGGCUCAGCCUCAGUUCCUGGAGAACCACUCCAUCAUCUACUGGAACCUGGUGUGGUACUUCCAGCGCCUCGGGCUGCCCAGUAACCUGCUGCAGCUGGUCCGAGCCUCGCCACUGGUCAGCCAGUUCACGCAGUCGGAGAACUCUGCCGUGAGGGUGAGGCUCCUCUGGGACACCCUGACCCCCGACACAGACCAGUGGCCCCCCCUCUACAUCCUCUGGAGGAUCCACAGUGGCGUCCCGAUGAGAAGCUACAGCUGGCGGAGACACAACCACCCGUUCACCCUGUCCUUCCUGGAGGAGGUGCUGCGGUGGGUCGGCAUGAACGAGGUGCACAAAGCCGUCACCCUCUUCCUGGACACGCUGGCCAAACAGCCGGGCUCGGCCUGGACGCAGAGGAGUUUGUACAGAGAGUUCCUCUUCCUCACGCUGGCAGCUAUGGGCAAAGAUCACGUUGCCGCGUUCGAUAAAAAGUACAAGGCGGCGUACACUCGGCUCAGCGGCACUCUGGGUCGAGAGGAGCUCCGGAAGAAGCGAGCUCAGCCUCCCAGCCCCAAAGCCAUCGACUGCAGACGCAGCUUCCACCCGCCGCUCGAAUGCUGAUGAUCCAGGAAGCAGACGUCCCCGACGACUGCUGCGUCCGGCGUUCGUCCCUCUGAGGGCGACGAGGAGAGACGGCACACCCAGGACCCCUGCUGCCUUCACCUGCUUGUAUUCUUCACCUCUCUGCUGCCUCCUGGUGGAUGUCGGAGUGACGCGCUCCUCCCUGUCCUCUGUAGCUCCGUUUGCCUCGUCGAUGUGAAUCCAGCAGCUCCUUGUCUCCAUUACAGAUCCUGAAGCUGAGCUGAGCUGACCUGAAGAGUCGUAGAGAAACAUGCUGAGAGACGUCUAUGCAUCAGUCUGAACGUGGAGUCCUGCGUCACCUGAAGGCAGGAAAACUGGCGGUCGUGCAUGUCCGGAGGGAUCAGCUGUGUCGCUGUGCACUUUUUGUUUUCCCCUGUUUUUUAAGAUACACGAUCUGAAGAGCUCGUCAUCUCUGCUUGCUGUAAAUCUUCUGAAAGUGUGAAAGUUUUACCCAGAGACCUGUAGGACGUCAGAUUUACCUUUUUACCAGUGUGACCAAGGAAGGAUUUAAUGAGGAAAAACAUCUAAUAAGGAAUAAAAAGGAAGAGCAGCGCCUCCAUGAAACGCUCCAAACUUCUCAUCAUCUGUCUGUGUUUGUCCGGGUGUAAAUAUGACGAGGCGGCGUGUUUCGUUUUCUGAAAGGGAAAUAAAGUGAGAAAGCCAGAAGUCAAGAAAGAAGCUGAAACUUCUGUUUGCUGGGAAUCGUCUCGAAGGCCGACAGUGUUCCUACAGCUCCAUGUCAAGAUCUCCUCCAACAUCUUAAAAGAAGAGUUUUUCAGGACGUCCAUCCAUCGUUCAAAGUUUGAGAAUCUCAAGGAAACGACCAAACAAGAAGCGGAGACGUUUACACAGAUCAUCAGUUCGUCUUCCAGGUUUAAUGAGAAGCUCCGACAUGUUUCAAGCUAACGCAGCUGCCGUCGUUCAAAUCAGGAAAAACAUCGAAACAAGAAGCUCAUCAGUCUUCUCAGAGAAAAGUCUCAAAACCUAAAACAGAACCGAUUUGAGUCUGAUCUUCAUUUUCGGUGUCUGGACCUGAAGGGUGCUGCUGACUCGGCUCGUUUUGUGCAGGAAGUUGUUGUGAGGGUUCGAUUCAAACGAGAUGAUCAGAGCUUUUUUAAGUUUCAUGUUUUCUGUUUCCACUUUUUGAGAUGAUUUAAAGGGAGUUAGAAAACAAAAAGAUGAGAAGGAGCUUAAUGAGGGAUUAUUGGACAUUAAUGUGUGUACUGAUGCUUUGAGACCUCAUGUCGUUCUCAGCUGAAGUCUCUGGUUCGGCCCGAGAGUUUGUUGAAGUCACUGAUUUAUUGGAGCUCACAGGAAUCGAUCUGAGCACAAAAAACAAAAACUUCACAGUUAAGAUCUUCGGUGGAUUUCAGGUGUUGAAAGCCGAAUAACUAAUCCAGUAAAACUGUUAAAUGACGUUAAUUAAAGAUUAUUUUUAGAGAUGGACAGGAGUGUGACAUGCAGCGAUCACGUGUCAUCUCCACACUCUGAUUCAGACGGUUGUGUUGUCAUCACGUCCAGCUGCUGCACACAGCGAACACAACAGAUCUGAUCAGAGCAGGUGACGAUUAAAUCAUCUCAGCCUGUCUCACCCUCAGGGGUCUGAUAUUAUUUUUAAGAUACAAAAAUGUGAUAUUAUCAGUUAUGAUGUCAGUUAUGGAUCAUGAGAAGAGAGUAAUUAUCAGCUGUCUUUAUAUAAAGAACCUAAACACAGGCUGUGAUGCACUUCCUGUCAUAAAUAACGUCAAUAACAUGUUGAUUUAAUGAAUCAGACGGUUGGAAUAAACUCACCGAGAAUAAAAGAGGGUUAGUACUUUUAUUAGUUUUAUUACUGGAUGUUUGGUUUCUUAAACAAAUCUCACUCGUUGUUCCGAACCAGACACUCAGCAGAGAGCGGCGGGUCGUGUUGGGGCGUCCUGUGGAGCAUGCUCAGUUUGUGUCUGACCUGAUCUGAUGCACGUUCACUUCCUGUCUGUGUGUCUGACUGGGAGACGUCCAGUAUGUCCGCUGACCAGUUCGGCCUCCUGCUGUCCGUCACUGAGCAGCAGCUCCACCCACUGACGGCCUCUCCAGGCAGCUCGGCAGCAGCAGACAAACAUUUUACUGAAUCACACUUGCACCUUUCAAAAUAAAGCUACUGAGUACUUUUUAAUUUACAGUGAAGAAAAAUAAUUCAGCAAAUACAAUGCAAAUUAUAAAAUAAGAUAAUUUAAACCGUUUUAACAAAAGUCUAAUUUACCGUCUCAUUUAACAUUUCUCUGUGUGCAGAAUAGAUCAGAGAAAUCUUCCUGAUGCUGAUCAAUCAGUUCAGGUUUAACCAGAGAAACUGAUGUCUGAUCAGAUUUCAGCGAUAAGCUUAGUAGAAACUGGAGGUGUCGGAUGUUUUUCAGUGGCUUUUAUAUCGUCAAACAGUUCACUGAUUAAACCAAACCAUCAUGAUAACAGAUCUGUGUCUGCGCUGCCGCCAGCUGCUCCGGAGCAACAACACACUGAACCUGUGAAAUGAUUGUGUGUGAAAUGAUCGACAAACUCUGAAGUUUACUGUUGAAAAGAUUUUUUUUUUUAAUGUGAGCGUUUGUUUGUGUCUGCUGAUGAGUGAAGCCUGUGAGCGUCACAGAGAACGACACCACUGUAUGUUUUAAUGCACCGGACUGCAGAUGGUUUUAAUGCUGAGUCGGCGCGCAGCAGAGGAGUGUAUUUAAAAUAGAUAAUUGUGUUUGCUGUUGUAAUUUAUAUUUGGCUGUGAUUUCAGUUGUAAAUGUUUGUUUUUUUAAGAAAACACAGAAAUAAACGAGGGAUGAGCCCCAAAAGUCUGAAAAUCUUC